UGUGUCAUGGUUGCUUCUUUUCUCUCCCAGCACACCCCCACCCACGAGCCGUUAGUGUGGAGCAGAGCCGUUUAUCGUCCCUUUGACUUGACAUCAUGCAGAGGGCCUCACGCCUCAAGAAAGAACUGCACAUGUUAGCCAUAGACCCUCCUCCGGGCAUCACAUGCUGGCAGGAAAAGGACCGAGUGGAUGAUUUGCGAGCCCAAAUAUUAGGUGGAGCAAACACACCUUAUGAGAAAGGAGUUUUCACCCUGGAAGUUGUCGUCCCUGCGAGGUAUCCAUUUGAACCGCCACAGAUCAGAUUUCUGACUCCAAUCUAUCAUCCAAACAUUGAUUCUAGUGGAAGGAUUUGUCUAGAUGUUCUCAAAUUGCCACCAAAAGGUGCAUGGAGACCAUCCCUCAACAUUGCUGCUGUACUGACCUCUGUUCAGCUGCUCAUGGCAGAACCCAACCCUGACGACCCUCUGAUGGCUGACAUUUCUUCAGAAUUUAAAUAUAAUAAGGUAGCUUUCCUCAAGAAUGCCAGGCAUUGGACAGAAAUUCAUGCAAGACAGAAACAAAAGGCUGACGAAGAGAUGCUACACACCUCAUCAGAGGUUGGUGGCUCCGAGGAAUGCAGCUCCACACAGAAAAGGAAAGCCGAGCCACUUGAAGGCACAGAAAAGAAAUUCCACCUGGAUGUUCAGAGAGCUCGUCCUGGUCCCUCUUAGUGAAUGGAGUCUGUGACAAGGUGGUCUCUUUUGCUUGCUUUUCUUGAAUGUUUUUCUUUGUGUUUGAUGACAUAAUGUUUGUAUCCUUAUAAAAGACCAUGUAUGUUUAUGAAUUCUGCUAUGCAGUGAUUCUUUAAGGAUAGCUUGUUUUGUUUAUCUUGUACAUAUGUAUUUUGAAAACUUUUAAACUUGAGAAAUAAAUACUACUUAAUGUUGA